GGGCUCCAGUGAGUGUCCCUGCACUGCUCUGAAACUUCGUAGUCCCUCCCAGGCCGGCACCCCACGACUCUCAGGCCUGCGCACGCGAGCCGCCGAGGAUCCAGAACAGACCUCGCGGGCCCAUCCUCCCGUGCGUCCUUCUUUGCACAAACAUCUCGGAUAGUACCUCCAAUCUCUGUGUACUGCACACCCACUCUACCCCUUCUUUCCGGCAUCGCAGGACACGAAAACUGUCCUUGGGCCAUGUCACAGAAUGAACACUGUCAGGACUCCGGUGAAUACUUCUCAGCCGGCACUCAGGGAUACUUCAAGAACAACAUGGAGGAUAACCUUGAAGUCCGGGAAGACAGCCUAGGGGAUGAGGUCUUUGACACCGUCAACUCCUCCAUUGUGUCUGGCGAGAGCAUCCGGUUUUUUGUCAAUGUCAACCUUGAAGUGCAGCCCUCCAAAUCUGACUUAGAAGCUGCAACGGGUGGCUGCGUGCUCUUACACACCUCUCGCAAGUAUCUGAAAUUGAAGAACUUUGAGGAAGAGGUCCGUGCACACCGGGACCUGGAUGGCUUCCUGGCCCAGGCCAGCAUCAUCCUGAAUGAGACAGCUACCUCACUGGAUGAUGUCCUCCGAACUAUGCUAAACCGCUUUGCCCUGGACCCUAACCACGCAGAACCUGACUGUGACCUGGACCUGCUCAUGGCUAAGCUCUUUACAGAUGCUGGAGCCCCUAUGGAGAGCAAGGUCCACCUGCUGUCAGAUACCAUCCAGGGAGUCACUGCCACUGUCCGAGGGGUGCAGUACGAGCAGUCUUGGCUCUGCAUCAUCUGUACCAUGAAGACCCUACAGAAACGGCAUGUGUGCAUCAGCCGCCUGGUUCGACCACAGAACUGGGGGGAGAACUCCUGUGAGGUUCGCUUUGUCAUCCUGGUGCUGGCCCCACCCAAGAUGAAAAGCACCAAGACUGCAAUGGAGGUGGCACGCACCUUUGCCACCAUGUUCUCAGACAUCACCUUCCGCCAGAAGCUCCUGAAGACUCGCACAGAGGAAGAAUUCAAGGAGGCUCUGGUGCAUCAGAGACAGCUGCUCACCAUGAUGAUGCCAAGAGCCGCAGGGCACAGCAUGAGCUCCCUCCAUACUCACAGACACCCUCAGCCCCCGAAAUGCAAGGACUUUUUCCCUUUUGGAAAGGGCAUCUGGAUGGAUAUCAUGCGCAGGUUUCCUGUGUACCCAAUGGACUUCACUGAUGGCAUCAUUGGGAAAAGCAAGAGCGUGGGCAAAUAUGUCACCACCACACUCUUCCUCUACUUCGCCUGCCUCCUACCGACCAUUGCUUUUGGAUCCCUCAACGAUGAGAACACAAACGGGGCCAUCGGUAAGGGGCUGGGGGUGGUAGGGAUGUGCCAGGUAGGACUCUGGGCAGUGAUGACCUCUGACCUUACCACCUCUGCAGAUGUGCAGAAGACCAUAGCUGGACAGAGCAUCGGAGGCCUCUUGUAUGCACUGUUCUCUGGGCAGCCCCUGGUGAUACUGUUGACAACCGCACCCCUGGCCAUCUACACCCAGGUGAUUCGAGUCAUCUGUGAUGACUACAAUCUGGACUUCAACGCCUUCUAUGCAUGGACGGGCCUGUGGAACAGUUUCUUCCUUGCACUUUAUGCCUUCCUCAACCUCAGCCUGCUUAUGAAUCUCUUUAAGAGGUCUACAGAGGAAAUCAUUGCUCUGUUCAUUUCCAUCACGUUUGUGCUGGAUGCUGUCAAGGGCAUGGUCAAAAUCUUCGGGAAGUACUACUAUGGUCACCACUACCACACAAAAAGGACUUCCUCCUUGGUGAGCCUGUUGGGCAUUGGCAGAAGCCCCAACAGCAGUCUCCACACUGCACUCAACGCCAGCCUCUUGGCCAGCCCCGUAGAGAUGGCCACAACCAGCAGCCCCGGCAGCACACACUCGGGCCAGGCUACAGCGGUGCUCAGCCUCCUCAUCAUGUUGGGCACACUCUGGCUAGGCUACACCCUCUACCAGUUCAAGAAAAGCCCCUACCUGCACCCAUGUGUGCGUGAGACCCUGUCUGACUGUGCCCUGCCCAUCGCCGUGCUCUCCUUCUCCCUCAUCGGCUCCUAUGGCUUCCAGGAAAUUGAGAUGAGCAAGUUCCGGUAUAACCCCAGCGAGAGCCUUUUUGAGGUGGCACAGAUCCACUCUCUGUCCUUCAAGGCCAUCGGCAGUGCCAUGGGUCUUGGUUUCCUGCUCUCCUUGCUUUUCUUCAUUGAGCAGAACCUGGUGGCGGCCCUGGUCAAUGCACCAGAGAACAGGCUGGUGAAGGGCACUGCCUAUCACUGGGAUCUCCUGCUACUUGCCAUCAUCAAUACGGGGCUGUCUCUGUUUGGGCUACCCUGGAUCCACGCCGCCUAUCCCCACUCCCCUCUGCAUGUGCGGGCACUGGCCUUAGUGGAGGAACGCGUGGAGAAUGGGCACAUUUAUGAAACGAUUGUGGAUGUUAAGGAGACUCGGCUGACGGCGCUGGGUGCCAGUGUCCUGGUGGGCCUGUCCUUGCUGCUGCUGCCAUUCCCUCUGCAGUGGAUCCCCAAGCCUGUGCUGUAUGGGCUCUUUCUGUACAUUGCACUGACCUCCCUGGACGGCAACCAGCUCUUCUCGCGUGUGGCCCUGCUGCUCAAGGAGCAGACAUCAUACCCACCCACACACUACAUCCGGAGAGUGCCCCAAAGGAAGAUCCACUACUUCACAGGCCUGCAGAUCCUGCAGCUGCUACUGCUCUGUGCCUUCGGCAUGAGCUCCCUGCCCUACAUGAAGAUGGUCUUUCCCCUCAUCAUGAUUGCCAUGAUUCCAAUCCGCUACAAUCUGCUACCCCGAAUCAUUGAGGCCAAGUACUUGGAUGUCAUGGAUGCUGAGCAUAGGCCCUGACCUGCGCCACCCCCCCCCCCAUUCUUCAGGCCUGCUCUGUGGCAACAUAUGGGGAGGUAUGAGCUGGCUGUGGCUCUGGCCCAUCCUCAUUGCUGUCUUAUAGCCUAAAGGCCCUUGGCACUGUGGUUUUCAAAGGUGUGUGCUCACUCCUCACCCUGUUAACAUUCAGUUUGGGGUCAGAAACACUGUCGGGUGGGGCUAAGAAGAGUGGAUAUUCUUUUGAUAAAAGAGUUGAUGCCCAGGAGAGAGCCCAUUUCCUUGAUUGUAUAAGGAACUCAGUUGUGCACAUUAGUGAAUAAAAGUCUUGUUUCUAUGCUUUCACAUGCA